CUGCUCCCUCUAUCCUGCAGCUUCAGAGGGGAAUCGGAGGAGCUCUGCACGAGCGGAGGAUGGAGCCUCGCGCCUUCUGAUUAUCAACAAAUUAGCAAAUUUACGGUUCAGCGCUUCUGUGUAUUUGGUUGAAGCUCGAGCGGACACACAGGCUCGUGCACAGCAAACUGGGGAAGGACACGCGCGUGCCAGUAGUCCAUUUGGAGGAGGGCAAACAGCCGUGCUCUCAGUCUCCUGACCGUUGACCUCUUCUCUUCCCACUCUCUGCUAAUGAUUUGAUGGAGAUCCGGUCGGAUGACAGCUGGAACUGUGGUCAUAACUGGAGGAAUUCUGGCCACUGUGAUACUGCUGUGUAUCAUUGCAGUGCUGUGUUACUGUCGGUUGCAGUAUUACUGCUGUAAACGGAAUGGCUCAGAAGUGGACUCAGGUUUGGCAGGUGACCCUCAGCCUCAGUUUGCCUGUAAUGCAUGCAGCGCUCCGGGAGUGGACGGGGCAGCGGUCACUCCAUUGGUACUGCCCUUUGACCCCACGCUGCCAUUUGACCCUGCGGCAGCCCACGGGUACUGCCCCACGUGCACACCCCACCACCUACGGGAUAGCGUGCGGAAUGGCGGUGAGCGACUGCUGGGCUUUAUGCCCGGUCACUACGAGAACACACACGCCACAGCGCUGGGUAUGGCUGCCCUGUUGAGCCGCCGCAGCCCACCAGACUUCAUUACCAACACACACGCCAUCAGCACCGACGUCUGACCCAGCUCUCCCAAUGACCCCUGCGAGGGUCAAGGUGCAGUACCACCCUGCAGCAGGGCAGUGGAUUGACAGCUGCAGGAUGUCACUGCUGCUGACGCAGCUCUGUUGUUGUGGACUCCAUGUUCUCUGUUCUAAGCCCGACCUCCAGGUCAGUCUAAAGCCACAGAAGACCAUCUCAGGUCUACUCAAUACUUUCAGGAAAUAACGUCAGUGUCCAGCAAAGACUGGAUACAAUUUUAGGCUUUUAUCUUCAUUACCUUCUGAGAUAUAGAGGCUUUAAAAAAGUGGAUGUGGACUGUAUUAAAAUGAGCACUAAUGAUUCAACUGAUGACACUGUUUAUGCUAAUUACAUCAAAAUAUCAAGGAUGAUUUUUUGGGUUGAGGUGUGUCUCACAUGGCAGCAUCGGUGCAAAUCAUUUCCAAUCAAUAAGCACUUAUUGUUGGUUAAUCAGAGAAAAAAAUUAACGCAGUGGCUGUGUGAGUCACAUGAUGAUAAAGUCAGCUGUUCUCUUUGGUUUUACUAACUGAGAAAAACAGAUUUGAGACAGAAACACAUUUUUUCGACCUUGAAAGGUUAACUAUCAAAAUAGAAAACAGACAUUUUGAAAAACUAUUUUAUUAGUAUUAAUAGUGUUUUGCUGCUGAGGAGCUCUCUUAAUUUCCACACUUACAUCCUUAAAAUCUUUCAGUUUUCAAAUGUUUGUAUUUGUUUCUGUUUAUUUACAUUUUUGAUAAAAUAGUUUGGGAAAGAUUUAGAGAAAAUCAGCUUAUCUAAUUGAAAUGCUGUCUUUUUCAGGGCAUAAACUGUUUUGUGGUAUAAUUUGCAGACAUGGACAGUAAACUGUGAUUAGAUUUUUCCUCCCAUGUUAAUGACUUAUAACUUAGAAACCCUUAUUACUAUAAAUUAAAUGCACAGUUGCUGAAAGUGUACUGAUAUGAGUAUUUCAGUAAUAGAUCUGAUGUGCUUCAUUGUGGAGAUGUAGAGGACAAAAUAUGCUCUAAUAUAUUAAAAAAGCCUCAUAUUUAGGAAAACAUAAAAUAGCAUCUGCAAUGUCAAAAGAAUUGUGAAAAGUAUCCUGAAAAUGUUAUGCUUAUAGUAAUUGUUCAAAAGUUAGUGUUGGUUCAAAUCUUAUCAAAGUGUGCCUCAUUAUUAGUAUCAUUUUAUGGUGAAAACAAAAUCCACACUCACUUUAAAGUCUCUUCAUUUGAGAAAGGUGCAAGAUUAAAAUAUUGCAGGUAAUCAACCCUUAACCCUAACCCUAACCCUAGACACAUUGAUAUUCUUGCCUGAAAAUAACCAAUCAGAGAUAAUUAAGGACUUUUCUGAAAUCGACAGCUUUUCCUUUCUGUUCCUGAUUUUUCUUCUGUGGUGCACUGAGGAAGAUGUGUUGGAUGAUGCUGUGGUUUGUUUUUUCUCUCAGUCUUCCACCAGAUCUUAAACACACUCAGUAGAGAUUUUUAUAUACCUCUUUUCACUAUUUUCAGCAGCUUUAAACUUGACCUGAGGAUACAAUAAAUGGAGCUGCUACAGUGAAGGUCCUUCAACUCAACUUCACCUGUUCUGCUAGAGGGAGAGAAAAUAUAUACAUCCAGAUCUAACCCGCUUUAAAACCAUCAGCUUUUGGAGAUCAAGCACUUAAUGGCCUUCAAACAAGUUCUAAACUGUGAGAUCAAUGGGACAGUAUAAAAUCUUUCAAAUUCCAUUUGAGGAUUUCAGGAGUCAGUUGUGUGUGAGAAAGAGAAAGAGAAAUGCAUGUGUCAUGUUGCAAAACAAUACUGUACAAAUUCAGAGACCCAUUUCAUUUCUUUCAUUUGCAGUCAAAACAACCAUUAAGUUAUUAAUAGAUAUUGAUUUUCUAGGAAAUAAGAUAUAAAUGUCAUAUUGCAUAAAGAAG